CUAAAUAAAACCCGUAAACGGUUCGUUCGUUCGUUCAUUCAUUCAUUCAGAAAGAAAGAAGCCCAGCAACAACCGACACGAUGACAGGCAGAGGCAAAGGCGGCAAGGGAUUGGGGAAAGGGGGAGCGAAGCGUCAUCGCAAGGUCCUUCGCGACAACAUCCAGGGCAUCACGAAGCCGGCCAUCAGACGGCUCGCCCGGCGCGGCGGCGUGAAGCGCAUCUCCGGCCUGAUAUACGAGGAGACUCGCGGCGUGCUGAAGGUCUUCUUGGAGAACGUGAUCCGCGACGCCGUCACCUACACGGAACACGCCAAGCGGAAGACC